GACGACUAGACGCUUUCAAACUUCCAAGCGUUUAUUCGUUAGGCGGCUUGUUCAAAAAUUGUAAAAUAAAUGUUUCGAAGAAAAAGUCCUGUUAAAAACAUUUAAGAUUAAAAGUUUUCAGUAUGCCGAGGAAAAGAACAACACGUGCACAAAAUACUCGUGCGACACCAAAGUUAAAACAUCUCGAAGAUGAGCUUGUAAAUGGUAUGUCAGUUGAAGAAAGAAAAUCUAAAUUAGAUGGCCUUAUCAAAGACUUUGAUUACAAUGUUGAGAAUGUCUGCAGGCAGUAUGAAGAGGAAAGAGAAAUUCUCCUGAAAGAAAUUGAGAAACAUUUCUACCACAUACGAUGUCAACUCUCACCGAUGGAGUUACAAAUGACUGUGGAGCAAUACCUAGAUUUUACACUGUCUGAAGAUGCUGAGAAGGAAGAUACGGUCACUAUGCCACUCAGUACAACUUCACAUAUCACAUCCUCUUUACAAAACAGUAAAAAUGCCCUGAGUCGAUACCGAUCUAAACAGACUAUAGAGACUAUACCAGAAGAGGGAGGUACAGGGGUGCCCCAAACUAAUAGUAAAAGGGGUAGAAAAAAACCAGUUGGCAAUAAAGGACAGGGUGUCUCGUUCAUUGCUCCGCAGCCUUUGUCAGCAGUUCAUAACAGUUAUAUCACACCAGCUUCACAAAGAAACAUAGCAACAACUGGUUGGGGAGCAACUCCACUUGUCACACCAAAGUUUGAUCCCAGAUUGCCCAUCACACCAGCUAAUUCACGUCGACUAAAACCUGGUGAAGUUGUCAUGUCUCUGGCAGGAAGUCCUGUCAAUGCAGAAAAUAACAGCAGGAGUAGAACACUAGUGUUAAAUAAUGGUGAGGAGAUAGAUAUAGAGAUACCUGAUCGUGCCAACAUUGACAGUCUUAUGUCAACACUUAGAGACAUCAUGAAGAAAGGGCAAGAUGCUCAAUCAUAAUAAUUGUGCACAUUUUUAAAAAGGGUAUAAAGCUAUAAAUGGGUAAAUGAACGAAAAUGUGUAAAUCUGUAACUCCUGAAAUAUAUAUAAAAAAUUCAAAACAUGUAAAGUCCUGUUGUUAAAUUUCAAAAAUUUUGUUUUCAUAUUCAUGAUGUUUUCAUAUUCUUAUGGUUAUAUCUUAAGAGUUUUAACACUUAUCCAGCUGGAACUUGAAAGUGAUUAGUCUUUGCCACUAGUAUAGAACCAGGCCAGCCCGUACAUCUGUGCAGUCUGACCAGGCUCUAUACAUUUGGUUAAUUGAUUUAGGGC